AUGGAUGAAACUAAAGUAAUUUAUCAUAUUGAUGACGAAGAAACUCCAUACUUAGUUAAAUUGCCUAUCUCUCCAGACCAAGUGACGCUCGCCGACUUCAAAAAUGUCCUCAAUCGACCCAAUUACAAGUUCUUUUUCAAGUCUAUGGAUGAUGAUUUCGGAGUGGUAAAAGAAGAAAUAGUUGACGAUGAAGCACAUUUGCCCUGCUUCAACGGACGUGUGGUUUCAUGGCUGGUUUCUGCUGAGGGAAGCAAUGUGUCUGAUGGUGCUUCACAGUGCACAGAAAGUGCUGCACACUCAGAUGGCAAAAAUGGGGACCGUCCAAGUGAUGCCAGAAUGCUUAAUCCAUCCCACAUGAGAUCAAAUGUAGAUGAUCUAACAUGCACUGAAACAGAAUCCAUCAUCAGUUCCCGGCCUGGCCACCAUAGUAUGCAUAAAAGUGCUCGUCAUGAAAAAUACAAUCAGUAUAAUGGAUUAAGAAUGAAUGGACACUCAAGACUUAGGGGUGGUCAUGGGUAUGAAUCUUCAUCCAUGCUGAGCUCUGACCUGGAAACAACUAGUUUUUUGGAAUCAGAAGAUGAUGCAUCCAGUCGCAUCACUUCUACCACUGGAAGGCACACACAAAUGUCUAUGGACAGAGGCACACUUGACUCGUCAAGUGUUGUGUCGAGACUACAGUCAAGAAGGAGACCUCAGAGAAGAAGACGUCAUCGAGCUCCUCCAGCCAUGUCUAGAACCUCAUCAUUUUCAUCCAUUACUGACUCUACUAUGUCCUUAAACAUCAUUACCGUUACAUUAAACAUGGACACAGUCAAUUUCUUGGGCAUCAGCAUUGUAGGCCAAAGCAAUAAAGGUGGAGAUGGAGGUAUCUACGUUGGAUCCAUCAUGAAAGGUGGUGCUGUUGCCCUAGAUGGGCGCAUCGAACCUGGUGAUAUGAUUCUCCAAGUUAACGAUAUCAAUUUUGAAAAUAUGUCCAAUGAUGAAGCAGUAAGGGUUUUACGAGAAGUUGUUCAAAAACCUGGACCUAUCAAGCUGGUGGUUGCAAAAUGCUGGGACCCCAACCCGAAAGGUUAUUUCACUAUUCCCCGUACUGAACCAGUGAGGCCCAUUGACCCUGGAGCCUGGGUUGCACAUACUGCUGCGUUAAGAGGAGAAUCUUUUCCUUUGAGGCCACCAUCUGUUAGUACUCUAACGUCAACAAGUUCGUCCAUAAACUCUACCUUGCCUGACACUGAAAGACCGUUUGAGGAAAUUCACUUGACUGUAAAUACUGAUAUGCCUACCAUAGUUGCUGCAAUGGCUAGGCCAGAUUCAGGGUUAGAAAUAAGAGACCGUAUGUGGUUAAAAAUAACCAUACCUAAUGCUUUUAUUGGUGCUGAUGUUGUGGAUUGGUUGAAUAGUCAUGUUGAAGGUUUCCUUGACAGGAGAGAUGCUCGCAAAUAUGCCUCUCAAAUGUUAAAAGCUGGCUAUAUACGCCAUACUGUAAAUAAAAUAACAUUUUCAGAACAGUGUUACUACAUCUUUGGUGAUGUGCUUAGCCAUGCUAUGUCAACCUUGAAACUCAAUGAUGACUGCGUCUCCCUUGACCGAGACACUGUAGGACCUCUGCCACCUCCAAGUACUGUAGCGACAGCUCCAUGGACAGGCUCACACAUGCCUUAUGCGGGGGCAUACCUUCCUCACGGUGCGGGCUACACUCCUAUGCCCUUCAACUACAACAAUGAGCCUGGAGCGUACAGCUACGGUCGCGAGGAGAGUGCCAGUAUCCACUCCGGCUCAGGAGGAAGCAGCAACGGCUCGGAGCGUCACUGCUUGAAGGAGAAGGACCUUUUGAAGUCGGGAGGAAGCUCUGCCAGUGAAACUGACUUGGUACGCAAUCAUGGUCAAAACCAUGCGGGCGGCCGCCGCUCCGGUGGGUCCAGGUCUCGCUCAAGUGGCUCUGAGCAAUCCGUUGCAACUACCACCACAACACCUCCUCAGCAAGGCAGCUCAGUAGGCAGUGGGCCCACUGCCUCCGGCACUCCAAAUGCAGAAGACGUUUCUGGCAGCAGACAAUCCUUCCGAAUGGCCAUGGGCAACCCUUGUUCUACUGUCCUAGCUCAAAUCUGAGUGGGAUAGAGCAUGGCAUGAAUGGAAAAUAAGUGCUGCGAGAGUGAGGAGUAUCUACGUCUCUGACCUUUGUUCACCUUUGCAGAGAUUGGUCCUGACCAUUUCUUGUUCUCGAAUUGAAGUGUUGUAUUACAAGAAAUAAAUUAAUACUUCCAUUAUUAUUCUUAAAUAUCCCUGAGGUAUUUCUUUAAGUCAAUAUAUUUUGUACAACUUUCACUAAUGCUCACAAUCAGGUUUUAUACAUUUUGAACUUAAUCUUAAAUGAAUGCAUUUCUAGGGUUGUUAGAUCCAAAAUCUGAGUUACUCAGAAGACUGAGUGACCGUGAAAUGGCAGCAUUCUGAUUAGCUUAAUUCAUUUAAUAGGAUUCUGUUUAGUUUGUUCCUUUAUUGCCAAUUUGUGUUACUAGUCUCGAUACCUCUAUUAUUUCACGUUGCUAUGUGUAAAGAAAGACUUAAUGGAAUUGUUAUUGUGAAGUGGAAGUGUUUGUUCCAUACUAUCUUCCUUUUGGCUUUUUCUAUGUUUGAGGGAUUUUGGCUGCUUCUAUUAUCUUUGCCCGGGCUUAUUCUCAUAGGGCUUUUGUUUUUAACUUCUAUCUCUUUUCAAUACGAAAAUAAAUUCUGCUGAUCUUUUGAUCAACUAAAGCAGCCAGAGAUACCUCCUUGUUUAGUUAAUGCUGUAUUAAGUUUGUAUGUUGUUACAUUGCUCUUGCAUGAAUCAUUGUAUGUACUUGUUUUGUUUUUUUCUUUCUAUGUUAUAUUAUAUGCAUAUUUAUAGAAUUUUAAAUUACAAAUAAUAUCUGUGCCACUAUUUAGUUAAUUUCAUACAUUCUUUCUUAUACUUUUAUAACUUGUACUGUUACUAUUUAUUGGUAAAGUAUGAACUCUAAAUGUGAUUAAUCUGUAAAUAGAAUGUCCUGUUUCUAUAUGUUGUGUGUAAGUGCCCGAGAUUUAUGAUUGCACACAGCUGGUUUUGCUUCAAGUGGAACAAUUAUAUGUUGUGUAUUGUACUGGUCAUAUAAUUUUUUUAUUUGGU